CCUUGUCUCUACGCUCUUCACAGCAAGUCAUCAAACGCACGAAGAGAGGAAGCCGUGCGGCUGGUUCCAUACUUCUCCUCAACCUGGUGACUGAGAAAGAGCCGCAGGUCCGUAAACUGAUAUGGAAAUGUAUCGUGAAAAUGCACCACCUGCUCCCCAAACUGGACGAGUUGCUGAAAGCAAUGGGGGAUGAAGGUUCUGAUCUGAUUGAAUCGUUCAAAGCCAUGAAGGCUUCCUUGGAAAUAUCUGCUCAUCUGAAAGAUGUUCAGCAGAAGCACAUGGAGACUCUAAAGGCAGAACCUGAAACACUGAGCGUGAACACCAUCCUGAUGAAGGAGAAGGUUAAGGUUUUCCAGCUGCUUGAUCAAUACGCUGAGCUCACAAUCAUCUCCACUGUUCGAGAUCGGACACUGGUGGAUCAUGAGCUGCUGGCAAGAGGCCGGGACCAUGAAGAGUGGAGAGAGGAACAUCUCGGGGGAGAGUUUGAAAAAAUCCGAACUGAUCAGUUAUUCCAGAACAUGUGGGCGAGCAAAUCCAAAUCUGGGAGUUCGUCUGCCGUGGCCGGAGUUCCGGGGAUCGGAAAAACACCAAUGGUGCAAAAGAUUGUUCAUGACUGGGCCACGGGGAAAAUAUUCCAACAAUUCAAGUUUGUCUUCAGUUUCAAAUUCCGAGAUUUAAACACGAUUAAAGACAGGAUAACCAUGAGGGAACUGAUUCUGGAUCAGUAUCCUUACUUUAGGAAUAUCCUGGGAGAAGUCGGGAAGAACCCAGAGGGAUUGCUAUUUAUAUUUGAUGGCUUGGAUGAAUUCAAAGGCAUAAUCAAUUUUGCUGAGGGUCAGAGAGACACAGAACCUCAGCACCAGUGCCCAGAUCCUGAAGUGUGUGACAUUGUGUACAGUUUAAUCCAGCACACGCUGCUCCCAGGGUGUUCAGUGCUAGUGACCACCCGCCCCACUGCGUUACAUUUAUUGGAACAGGUGAAGAUCAGUGUCUGGGCUGAAAUCAUGGGAUUUGUUGGUGAGGGACGGAAGGAAUAUUUCACCAGGUAUUUGGAAGAUCAGUCGGUGGCAACAGCUGUUUUCCAACACGUGAAGGAAAACGAGAUAAUGUACACCAUGAGCUACAACCCCUCCUACUGCAGGACACUCGGCCUGACACUCGGCCCCUUCUUCACACAAACACACCGGGACCCGCAGCGAGUUCCCAAGACCAUCACCCAACUAUAUUGCUACUUUAUUUACAAUAUCCUGAAAAACCACGACCAGGAGAUUGAGAGCCCCCGUGAGGUGUUACUGAGGGAUGGUCAAAUGGCCUUCGCUGGAGUGGCUGAGAAGAACAUUGUGUUCACAGAUGGAGAUGCUGUGGCGUAUCGGCCUCACAAAUUCUGGUGCCAAGAUUCUCGUCUCCGCUCUCAGUACAAACCGCUCACUGAUGGAACUGAACCUGGGAGGAAACGACCUGGGAGAUUCUGGAGUGAAACUGGUGUCUGCAGCUCUGAGGAACCAGGACUGUCAAAUACAGAGAUUGCAGAUAAACACUGGGGAUUUGCACUGUCUCCUGUCUCUCCGUGUCCCUCACUAUCACCUUCUCUCAUCUCCAGGCUGGACCUUGUCGGUCUCACAGAUUCUGGAGCCAAGGAUCUUGUCUCUGCUCUCAAUACAAACCCCUCACUGACGGAGCUGGACCUGGGAGGGAGUGACCUGGGAGAUUCUGGAGUGAAACAGCUGUCUGCGGCUCUGAGGAACCCUGACUGUAAAAUACAGAGAAUGGGGCUGUGGGCUGUUGGUCUCACAGAUUCUGGAGCCGAUGGUCUCGCCUCCGCUCUCAGCACAAACCGCUCACUGACGGAGCUGAAACUGGGGAACAAUGAACUGGGAGACUCUGGAGUGAAACUGGUGUCAGCGGGUGUUAGGAACUCGGACUGCGAAAUACAGCGACUGUGGCAGGACAGUAUCAAUCUCACACAUACUGGACUCGAAGUUCUAGCCUCCGCUUUUAGUACAAAGCCCUCACUGCUGGAGCUGGAGCUGGGAUCAAACUCCCUCACAUACCGAUCUGUUGCCUCUCUUCGCCGCCUCAUACUUGCCCUCCCGAGUCUGGAACGGAUCAGGCUGGGGAGGAAUCGGUUCAGUGCAGAUGGAAGGAACCGGCUGGAGAGUCUACGUGGAAUCAGACCCGGGCUGAGUGUGGAGCUGUGA